GACUGAAGAAUAAUAUAUUAAAUUUAUGGAGAAAUCAAAGAUGAGCCUUAAAAGCGGCAUGAAGUCAAACUUGAACAGAAAGGCUCGAGAAUUUAAGCCAAAGGCGAAGACUGGAGUUCCUUCAGGAGGCCCUUCUUUGCCUCCUCCUAUGGUGGCUCAGACUCCUCCUAUUGUUGGUCCAGGAAUGCCACCUAUUGUUACAGCUCUUGGACAAAGUGCCAAAAUAGUGCUUCCUUCACAAGCUCCUAUUGCUGCCCCUCCUACUGCUGCUCCUACUGCAGUCCCUCCAUCAAUGAAGACUGCUUUUCCACCAGGUAUGGAAUGAAAAUUUGAGAAUGGAAAACUAAUAAUCCCUGAUGCUGUCCCAACAGGUCUUAGGAAAAUGCUAGAACAAGCUCAAGAAGAAGGGAAAUUUGAUGAGAUGAUAAUGGCGAGUUUGGGGAAAACUAGACCAAAACCUGCCCAAGAAGAGUACUACCUAACACCAGAGGAAGAGAUGAUGGCUGAGCAGUUCCUUCUUGAACAACAAGCAAUGGAGCCUUGUCCCUUCUUCCUUCAAGGAAACUGUAAAUUUGGAUCUUCUUGUGAUUUGUUCCAUCCAAUUGGUAUGGAAGACAUCACAGGAAGUAUUGACUUUGAAGGCGAUCAAGAAUGAUGCAUCUGUAAUGAAAUGAUUCUUGCUAAUAAUAGACAAUUUGGAUUAUUAGAUGGAUGCCAACACGCCUUCUGUUUAGAGUGUAUUAGAAAUUGGAGAGCUACUUAUAUUAAAAGAAUGAGCAAGGAACAAAUGAGAGCUUGCCCGCUCUGAAGACAAACCUCUUACCUUGUAAUCCCAAGCAAAGUUUACAUUCCCAGUGGAGACACAAAGACACACCUAAUUGAAGAGUAUCAGUCAGUAUUGAGCGAUAUCCCAUGCAGACAUUUCAAUUAUGGUAAAGGAGAAUGUCCAUUCCUUAAUAGUUGAUUCUAUGCUCAUUAUACCAAGGAUGGAAAGAAGUUCGAUUACUCUAUCAAGGCCAAAUACUUAAAUGAAGAUGGAGAAAUUGUCACCGAAAAAGAAGAUGAGCAAUGUACCUUAGCUGACUUAAUUGGGUUGUAAUAAUUUAACUAUUAAUUGGAACUUAAAAU